AUGUACAUACUCCGGGACAACUUCUGGUCACACGACGACCCUCAGGACCAGCAACACACGCAGAUGGUUGUGGACCGGCCGGACCUCUACCUCGGUGUGGAUGAUGGUGACCAUGAAUAUGUUCCCUCAGUGACGUCACGCCAUAUUCGUACCGUAGUGGUUCUGGCGGCGUGCGCCGUGGCCCGCGCCGGCGUCGUCCCCGCGGCCCCCGUGGUGGCUGCCGCCCCCGCGGCGGCGCUGGCCUACUCGCGCGCCGUGCCCUACAACGUGCCGCCGUACGCAGCCGCAGUCAACGUGCAGACGCGCGCCCUGGCCGCGCCUCUCGUCGCCGCUGCCGCCCCCAUCGCCGCCCCCCUGGCCGCUGCCCCCGUCGCCGCUCCCCUGGCUGCCGCCCCGGUGGCUGCACCCCUCGCAGCGGCACCCUUCGCCUACGCCGCCCCCGCCGCGCUGUCGGUGCACCCACCGGCGUUCGCGCGCUACGCCGCCCCCUUCCUGAUCUAGACCAUUCCUGACUGACGACGCACACGCUGCUUGUUUUCUUUUGUACAUCGCCACUGUUACUCAAUAAA